AUGGAUGGCGCAAUGGGACAGGAGGAGGAUGUUGUGGAAGCUGUACUGACUUGCGAGGGUGACUUCCAUGACCCAGAGUUGAGCAUCAGAAUAGAGAGGUUCAGGCACCGCCUCAAGGAUUUAUUGCUGACAGAAAAGCAGAGGUUACAGGUCAAGAAAAUAGAACCAUGGAAUAGUGUCAAGGUGACAGUCACUAUUCCUAGAGCUGCAGCCAUCCGACUACGGCAGUUAGCCCAGAAUGGAAAUGAUGCACUCCGGCAGAUGGGCGUUUUGUCUGUGCAGAUUCAGGGAGACACCCAGAUCUCUUUGACCAUAGCUGGCCGCAAUAAUGAGCCAACCCAGUUGCUGUUACGCACUCAGCCAGUAUCCCAAGCUGGCAACUCAUCGCUGCCACUCAGUGCCGGUGGCUCGGAUUCAGGUAUUCAGAACUCUGAAGAUUAUGGGUCACCCCAAGGAUCUAGCAGUGAUGAUCUCACUAGAAGAAACAUUGUGAACUACCUGAGGCAAGGAUCUGGCCUGCGGCAAAACGCCAUCUUUGAUUCUAUUUUAGGAUCAGCGACUUCAUCUGUUCCUGCGCUUAGCUUUGACCUAGACCUCCCUCAGUCCUUGGACUCGGUAGCUGGUCCUUCAGGAAGCAGUACUGUGUUUAGACCCAAUAGUAUUGUCAGCACCUCCUUGCAGAGUUCAUCGCUUAAAGGCUCUAACUUGAACAGCAGCUUUCCAUUUACCAAGACCCCUGGAGCAUUUCAUCCGCCAGUCUCCAGGCUAUCUUCCUCUGCAGGUCAGAGUUCAGCUACCAACUCCACACAUCAUCUACAGCCAGUGAACGGCAGGCUGGUGGGGUCACUAGGGCAUGAUACACAGAACACUCAACAAAGCCUUUCCAGUCCGGCACCUAGUGCCCACAUGUUUCAGCACAACAUGAACACCUUCAAUCCUGUGAGUGCAUUAAGACUUUCACCAGCGGCUUCAAGUGCACACGUGAAUGCUCUGCCGCUUCAUGUCCCCCCAUCGUCUCCAACACCCAGCUUCAUGAUAGACCUGCCACCGCCUCCCCCCUACCCCAGCAGCAGUAAUGCCAACAGGCAAGGAAAACCAGUCACUUCCUCCAGCCCGCUGUUGGUCAACCUGCUGCAGACUGACCCGCUGAUGGCUACUGUGGGCCUAGCCAGUGGUCAUCCAAACAAGCCCCUGGCUGCGGGAGAUUUCAACAGCGGCUCUCCGUCUAAGAAAAGACGUCCAAAAAAGCAGAAAGAUGGAGUUAUGAAGGCGUAUUUAACUGACAGUGCUGUCAGCGGCAGAGCUGGUGUCCACUCAUGGCUGUUUCCAUCAGAUGUCAGCGUGGAGCAUAGCAACAGCAGAGUGACAGAAAGCUCUGCCACAUCUUUGGAUUUCAUGCCUUCUAGAACUGACAUGCUUGCUGCCAGCCAUAUAGCAGAUUCCUUCAUGUUAAAACCUCUUCCAGACUGUAAACCUUCAUUUUUAUCAGACCGUCCGGGUAGUGAGAGUCACAUUGGUAGUCCUUCAGAUGAGUUCCAUUCUGACUUCAGUAGUAGAAGUGCAAUAGGAACUGGAUAUAGCAGUUCUAACAUUUCUGAUUCAAAUGGACAGGAUCCAUUCCCUAAAGAUUUAGACCCAUUCAGUAUGGAAAUAGCAGCAGGGAAGAUCAUCAACCCGUACACAGGCCAUUUAGAGCCUAGAGACAGUACUAUGGACAGUAUGCAGGUUCGGCACUUCUCAUCAUUAUCUUCAUCUCAAAUCCCCCAUGCCCAGGCAACAAACAGGAUGAAGAUAGCUGACACCAGCCAUUUCCCUCCCAACCACAACAGUCAGGCAGCAAGCUCCGAAAUGGUCACCCCCUUAACCAACCAAAUUUUGCUCAAUUCUUUGCCACACAAGCACGCAGACUCUCAGAAUGGUACCAGCAGCCCUGCAGACAACAAGACUUCGUCUGAAGGGGAUGAAAACUCCAAUCACAGUCAGUCCGUCGCUGAUACUCUUCCAGAACAUGCAGGAGCUGUGGUUCUUCUUGAGCACUCGAGCGUCAAGGCGGAAAAUCAUGACUCUGGGAUUGGCAGUUCCUCAGAGAGAUCUGAUGAUACGCCAUCGGAACCUGGUGACGCUGAGUUCCGUUCUGGGCAGUCAGGGGCCGAAGUAGAAGAUGGCAGCAAAGCCUCCGUGCAGAAACCAGUUAACUGUAAACUUGAAUCAAAAGUGAAUUCUAGCUCAAACACGAUAACCGUUGGGUACAUGAUGAACCCCAGUGAUAGUGCAGCACAGCCUAAACUGACCCAGAUUACAGAUGUCAGCCACACCAGCAAGAACAGUGUGGUUGUUUCAACCUCAGCGGUCACGGACAUUUCACACUUCUUCCAUACUCAUGUCAUGUCAAUGGGUAAACAGGCUGGCAUCCUAACUGGCAGUUCGCAGUCUUCUAUGGAGGUGGGGGUGGAGGACAGUAAGGGACAGCCCAAUCAUAGCUUACCAGGAAGACUGCGGGAGAAUGGUCAGAGCCCCGAAGAUUUGGGUAACACAUCCAGUGGAAAAGUCAACGGUCCCUCGUCUCAGAGCAGCAUUGAGAAGAUGGUCAAGGCAGCAGGUGAUAAGCAACAUAAGAAAAUCAGGUCGUCGCCAAAGCAGAAUAGUAAGAAAGGAUUGAUGGAUGUGUCGACCGAACAUCAGAAGCUUCAGGCAGAGGUUUUGGAGAGGCUGGGCAAGCUGCACCAGUCAACUGAGUCUGCUAAAGAAAGCUCUCAUGUGAUGUCUGUGAAAGCAAACAGCUUGGAGAAAGCUGGCUCUCCUGAUGCCUUAUCUCAGCGAUUGAAUAGUUCGGAGGACAGACCCGAUCAGAUUAUCUUUGACAUGGAGGAGUUAGUCAAUGGUAGAAUUACUGGGUCUGGAAGUAGCGGCGCGGAGAGCCGAGGUGGCAGUAACAUCACGUCUAUUUAUUCGAAGCGAUCAUCCCCUGUCAACGUAAACAUGCUGAAUCAUAUUUAUGCACCUGGGUUGCCGUUGCCGCGUCGACUGACGGAAUCAGUCCAACGAUUGGUCAAGCCAUUGCCUGCGGCAGAAACCUCCGUCUCCUACUCGCAGAUGCGGCCGUGCAAAUCUCCCGGGUCUGGAGGGUCACCCAGGGCAGGCUCUGGUGUCGGCAUUCAGAGUUCCCUGCGUAUGUCGGGAGUUCGCUCUCCAGGCGCUAGCAUGCCGAAGCUUGUAGCUAGUGAUAAACACUCUCUUCUCUCCGGUGGUCUGGAUUUGGCUGGUCUUACCAAUCUACAGUUUGCAUCCACCACUUCUGAACGUACUGACCUGGUCACUUGUCAAAUGGGAUCACAAGCAUUAGCAUCCGAUGUUUUAUUCCAAGAUACACACUGUUUUUCUUCAAGUCGGACUUCUCCAGAUCUGCUCGAUUCCAAGUCGUAUUCAAGCAAAAUGUUGUCUCAGAGUUUUCCUCCUCAUAAAUCUAAAGACAUGAAGCCAAACAGUUCUCAUACCAGUCAUGGUUUGUUCUUGAGUCUGCAGUCAAACUCCUCUUUCAGCGAGAAAAACAUUUCUUCCUCUGUAAAUACGACCCGCCACACUCAGUUGCCUAAAGCGAGAGCAGAGUCCUCACUGUCUUCCUCGCAGGACAGCAGGUUUCAUUUGUCCAACCGGUCACACCAAGAUGUCCUGCAGAGUGGUCAUUUGUCAUCUAUUUCAGACACCAGCCAGGCAAGGCUGGGGUCGCAGCAGCCGCCAGCUGCUGAACCUAGCCAUUCCGCUGUCAACAGUCAUGUUGCAGACAACUCAAGUGCUUACACUAGCCAUUCCAAUGCUGCCUCCCCAGUGAUGCCUAUGCUGCAGCUGAGGCAGGACUCUCCUGUGACUCCUACCACGGCCUCGAACAUGCCCAGUUUAUCUAGUCAGUCCCCUUCCUCCAUCUUCACAGCCAGAGAGAUCUCAACAGCAACCACUGGCAGCAGUGGUACCACAUCGUCGACUCAGAACAAGCAUGUGCCUUAUUCUAUCACAGUUGCUUCUUCAGGCACAACUUCCAACACUAUAGCUAAAUCAACUACUUUGUCCACAUUCUUACCAACAUCGUUUGCAGCAUCAACUGCACCACUUGUGCUAGGAAAGGCAGAGGACUCUCCCAGCUACACAGCAACACGUCCCAGGUUGUCGCUGCCCUCUGAAUUAUCAUCAAAUUCAAAACCGAAAAAGGUCCACAUCCCCAACAACCCAUCACCAUCUUCACGAAGUGGCUGUAGCACACCACAGUUUAGUCGCAAUUUGUUUGAAAGUGUUUCGGGUACAUUGACUCAGGAUGGUAGGUCAUCAAGUAAAUUGGAGCAAGCUUCUGAAAAUAAUUCCUUAGACUCGGCAGGGCAUGGGAGUGUUCAUUUACCAGUGUGCACAACUGACGGUCCCAGUGAUUCCUUUGUUUCAUUAUCAGUGUCUCAUGAAUCAAAGGGGGACCAGUUGGUGAAGACCCUUCGACAGAAAUCUGUAGAUAGUGGGGACAGAAGAACGGCAGCCAGCUUGUCUCAGUCAUCUAAAGCAGAUGCCGCUUCAAAGUCUAUAGUGACAUCACAAGAAACGUCACUUUCUACAUUUCUGUCAACAGAAGUUGUCAAUUUAGACUUUCCUUUGCCAGCUCAGGCUUGUGAUGUUCUGUCGUUAAACAAGGUAUCUGUUAAAGGCAGCAGUUGCAGUGGAAGUAUCUUGAAGACCAGCUUGUCAGUAUCGCAGAGUUUGCAGGAAUCUGCUCAUGCACACACCAGCCAGCCUUCUACCUCAUCCUUGUCUUCUGUGGCCGCUCAUGUCAGGACCUCAGACAACCUCAGAGACACCCAGGCUUCACCAGCCGUGGGGAAAGAUGAUACCGUUGUAAAGGUGACCCCAGGUUUGUCCAACUCCAGUAUGCCUCUGGUUAAAGAACCAAUUCUAGAAAUAUUAGCUUCUGCGUUGGGGUCCUCUUUAACAAAGACCAGCAGACCUGGUAAGUCGUUUGUAGAAAAACAAAUUUCCUCAAGUGAGUUGACCUUGCAGUUUCACCGUGCAGAGGAGGAAGCUGUAACUGAGAGCAAAAUUGUGACCAUUCAAAGUGGUCCUCGUAGAGCUCAGGACUAUAGUCGCCGGCAGCCUAGUUUGGAUCUGUCUUCAUCUGAUUCUGCAGCAAUAUUAAAUUCAGACCCUUUGACUAGAAGACCAGCCAGGAAGAGAAAGUUGACUCAGGAGGAUGAUAGCACUGAUGAGGCUUCUUCUGCCGACCCCACGCCCGCCAAACAGCCACUUGUGAUGCACAGUCUGGGGUCUGGCAUAAGGUCCAGGGCCAAAUGUGCCUCAGCUGAUGAUGAUCUCACAGUGAUACAUUCAAACAUGAGAACUGAUAGCCCUGAGAGCAAGGGUGUCCAUCUGGGCAAGUGUCUCGGUCAAAAAGAGCCACAGGAGUGGAAGACGGAGCAGAUUAGCCGGGUAACACUAGAAGCACCACAAGAAGAGGCAGAUUCUCAAAACAACGUUAGUCGGAUGCGGAGGACAUCAGGAUCUGAAAACCAAGAUCAUAAUGGUCCCAAGGAAACCAGGUCACAUCGAUCAGUGGUUUCUGACACUAGUUCUUUGGAUGAGAAUCUUCUUAGUAAUACUUAUCAUGAGGUAAAAACCUCAGCUUUGAAAGAAUCCAGGCUUCAUCAUAGUGCAGCUGACUCUGGAAGUGAAGGUAAAGAAAGACAAUUGCAUUGCACUGGUGCAGCUUCUUCAGCUGUUGAAGACCAACGUCUGACUACAGAUGGUCUUUCUUCUCCAUUGUCAUCGGUAGAUCACAGUGAAAACUCCCAGAAAGGCACAGUUCUUCAGGACAGCGAUUCCCUUAGCAGGACAGCAGACGUCCCUGAUGGAAAAGAUGAUCAGCAGGACAAUAGUUCACAGUUGAACCUUUCACUGGAAGACUCGGCCGACUCUGGCAGGGAGGUUUCUUCAGAGAAGCCUGCAAGUUCUGAUGGAGGACUAUCAGAUUCAAAGCUGGAUGACGGACAAAAGAAGACUCACCGCAUCAGGCGCCAGUUCUAUGCAUAUGUCCCUGAAAAGUCCAUAGAUCAAACUUACUUUGAUACUCCCAUCCUGAGUGGGCGGACACGCAGCAAAAACAAGCCCUGUGAUCUGGGCGAUGCAGCCCUGGAGGAAGCAGCACCUGCUGCCAGUGGGACAGAGUCUCAUCCUCAACAUCCUGCUGUUGGGCAGCAGACAGCGCCGGUGGGGAAAGCUGAGGGUUCCGCAGAGAAGGCAGGAGGCAAGCGGCCCACUCGGUCUGUCAGAACUAAAGAUAACUCUCAGGAGCAGAAUGCAAGCAAACGUCGUCGAGUACAGCAGCACAGAUAA